CCAACCGUGUUCCGCUUGAUUGAGAUAUUUCCUCAAUUAGUACGAAAGCGGUCGCAUUUGGAUCGUCAUCGAUGUUUAUGCUCCGUGAGGUAGAAACGCGUCUCUGAAGUGAUCGUGAGCGCGCACAGAGUGAUAGAGAGAGAGAGAGAGAGAGAGAGAGAGAGAGAGAGAGAGACGAGAGAGACAUAUCGAUAUACAGUGAAGAUAUAAUUUACGAAGAAUUCGGGUAUUUCGAAGGAAGAACCACUAUUUGACGUGCUGGUAUUUCGGUGACAGAAGGAACAACCUCAAUGUCGUCGUUUGCGAUGAGCAACAUAACGAUGGAGACCAUAGGUUCUUCGAAUAGUUGUGCAAAUUUGGAAACUCGUGACACAAAAGGAACAUCAUCUGCGUUGUCUCGCACGUUGAGCUGUUGCGUCACAAUAGGUGACUUUGCCAACCAUAUACUGAUAGGUGGCCUGACUGGAUUCACUUUGUUCCAUUCUCUGAGCUUCCUGCACUCGAAGGAUAUUAAUACGCGCGCUGUGAUGUCAUAUUUGCACAUUGUCUUUUGCACUGUUGGGUACGUUCUACUGAUGUCGGAGGCUAUUGUCAUCUUCACCGGUUUGGCACAGCCCGUCCCGCACCGUAUAAAAAAGAACUUUCAUCUGGUCGUGCAAAUACUUGGCGUGAUGUGUACAGUAGUAGGAAUCGUGUUAAUGUUUCUAUUGAAAAGUGUGCACUUUAAAUCCAUUCACGCGAUUCUCGGCCUGACAUCCCUUGUCUUGAUGGUCCCACCGUUUCUCAGUGCCUUCAGAUACAGGCAACAAUGGGUGAGACCGAUCAUAAUUAAGUUUUUCCAUAACUUCUUCGGUUUAUCCUGUUUCGUGAUCGGAAUGGCUGCACAGUGUUACGGUUACAGAAUGUUUGGGGCAAUUAAACUUUUAUCUGAUGAUGUGGACGUUAGAUCAAUAUGUAUAGGAAUCACAAUCGUGAUUACAAUACUCUCUGUGAGGAGAGCACUUCCAAAUAUUUUCAAACAGUUUGUAUCAAUCUUUACAUAAUAAAGAACGAGUAAAAUUGUAGAUGUUAUUGAUAGUCGAAUUGUUUCAUUUUUGACAAUUUUUCGUGUUGUAAAAAAUGUUUAAAUGUGCACACAGAACAUUUUGUACCCUGGAGGGAACUCUGAGCGAAUGAAAACAGGAUUCGAAACCUGGCUUAAAUAAACGGGAAAUCGCGUUUCCUUUUUUU